AUGUUUUGCGGGGAGGGGAGAGUGGAGCCAACAUUACAGCUUCUUAUUGGGGAAAACAGUCCUCAGGCAUCCAGAACCGCCUUUCCAGGAUUCAGUUUAAAAACCCUGGGCAUUACCUCUAGAGCUUUCAAAAAGCCUCACAAAAUGCAGAAACGUGACUGGUGCAGCAUUCUUUUUGGAGUCGAUGGUAUCCUUCGGAAGGCAGGUUUAGGAGCAUGCGCACACAGAUUUUGUGUUGGAAGCAGGGGAGCAUGCGCAACAGAUGUACGGAGUCAGGCGAGACUUUUCCGAGCAUGCGUCGUCGGGUCUGGCGCCUGUCGCAGUGGUCAGAGACUCCUUGAGGAUUCCCGUCCCCACCGCCACCUUGCCCGGAUUCCAGGCUCGUGGCAGAAAGGCUGGUGUUCCCAAAGCAGGACAGAUGAAGAGACAGAAAAACGUCCUUGUAUAGAUGCUAAUGGAGGUGAAGAUUGUACAGCUGCUAAUACAGAGAUGAACAAUUCAGGAGACAAAGAAAAGACUCUUGUACCCACGAGACCUGGCAUUCUUGUCCAGAGACGGAGUAAAGCAGUGGUGGCCACACGCUUAGGAAAUGGAGGGGAUGUGAAAGAUGAAGAGGAGGACAAAAUAAAAGAGAAGCAAAAGGCUGAGAAUGCUGGAGAAAAUGGUCAAGAGAACGACUGUUUGCAAAAACCACCCAUACCUGUCACUGGAAGUCCUUCAGUUGUUGAUAACCAUAAAAGACCUUUAAAAGGAGUGACAUUUUCUAGGGAGGUAAUUGUUGUGGACCUUGGAAAGGACAAUCCUAUAGCUCGAAGCUAUACUCGAUUACAUAAAGAGAGAAAAUGAAGCUCAAAAAAGGCUGAGAGUGAAAGAGAUGCAACCUUAGACUAACAAUGAAAUGACUGGGGGUACAAAAUCAUGUUGAAACAGCAAAAUAAUGGGGAAUUAAGUAAAUA